UCCUACAUGGCGCAUUGGCAUUAUUCGUGUUGAAGCAGCUGUUCGCAUCUUGUUAAUUUUCAACUUUUAUAAAUUUAAAUUAAAAAAAAUGAGCGACAAUGUUGUAAAAACGGAGCCAGAAGAUGAUGAGGAAAACGGUCGUACAACACCUAUGCGCCAGUCAACUCAGGAAUAUGAAUCAACAGUAAGUCCCAGAAAAGGGCUGGCGGUAACAAAGGAUUUAUUUGCAAACAGCACUGAUAAUUGUGCCGCUGCAGAAUUGCAGCAUGAAAAUGCUUCUACAACUACCCAACGAAGUGAAGAUAAUGCAAAUGAUGGCGAACUUGCUACACCAAGUGUUGCUGGUCCUAUUCCAGAGGCACCAGAUAAGGAUGAACUUCAAGAUACCGAUUUGCUUCAUUUGGAAAGAACAAUUGCACGCAUGGAUGGCGAAUCAAUAGCUAGUACAGAUGACAUUAUUACCCCAUUAUCGCCUAGAGCUACUUCCAGUAUGCUUCCAACAGCACCAUCUUUGUCGCUGCCGAAAGUUCCUGCUUUUUCUUGUGACAACUCAGAUGGAAUUUCCACGCCGUUUCUGCCUAUGGCUACUCCGAAAGUACCAACUUUUCCUCAUGAUAACUCGGAUGGAAUUUCUACGCCAUUUCUUUCCAUGACCGCUAACAAAGUAACCUCCAGCCAAGCUGGAAUUGUCUCAACUCAAUUACAAAGCACAGUAAAUGCAGAUCCUACCAACACUGCUGGCGUCGCAGUUAAAGGGGAACUGCCAGCAACAGAGUCUACCCCUCAGCCAACAAAAUCGUCAGAAGUAGAGCAAAAUGUUAGCGAUGCUGUUGCACCACCUCCACCUACUAUCUCUACCGUCCCUGUAAUGCGUUUAAGAGUAAAACCCGAAUUUGCUACUAUGCCUGCAGAUGAUGUUAACCAUGACGAUAGUGAAUGCCCUUCAUUGCCAAACAAUUUCUUUGAUGGCAUUCUUACAGAAAGUAUUGCUAAUAGACCUAUGAUACAACCGAAAGAUGAACCUAUACCUGAUAACUUUUUCGACGACCUGCUGGUCGAUAAACUGCAGGAACGUGUCGAGGCUGCAGAAACGCAGGAUCUCGAAGUUAAAUUUAGUGAUCGCCUUAAACAGUUGGAAGAAUUAGAUCGGAAACUACGCAAAGAGCGCGAAAGGAAAAAACAAAAGAAAGCUAAGAAAAAGUCACGUAAACGUUUGCGUUCUUCAGGUUCGCCCUCACCAUUAAAACAACGUAGAAGUCUUUCUCGUAGCCCCUCACCACGAAGGCGUAGAAGUCAUUCUCGCUCUCCACCAACUAGACGGCUCAAAAGUCAUUCGCGCAGUCCACCAACGCAUAGACGUAGAAGUCGCUCCCCCACACCUGACCACCGAAAACUAAUGCGAUGGCCAGAAAAAUCUGAAUUUAGCGAUAGAAUUGAAAUGCCUUCGACAUCCAAAAAGCAGAGAAUUGAUGACAGACUAUUAGGCAGCCAUGUCUCUGAGAAAUUGGUUCCAGCAAAGCAAGGCACUCAAAAAUCGUUUUUGCCAGAAGUCGAAAUCCACGAUCAUCCCAUAUAUGAGGGUCUACAACCACAUUUGCCGGAAAUAAGGGAAGAGUUUACCGCAAAACAAAAACGAGAUCGAGUUAUUAUGAGGGCCAAAACACUUAUGGACUAUCUGAAGACUGUGGAAGAUGAACAAGAUAAGCCUCUAUCAACAUUCCUUUAUACAUCAGUUGUGCGAAAACUUCCACCCAGUCAUUCCUAUCGCAAUCAACACAUCUAUGAAAACCGUUCACCUUUGCACAACAUAAACAAUGUUCGGUAUAAAUUUAACUCACAUGCUAAACGCUUUAACUUAGAAGAAUGGGGCUUAGCGUCACUUCCGCCUGUAGCGGCAAGUGUGGCCAAACUUGUGGGCUAUGAUGCUCAGGCUAUACAUAACAGGUUACAGGUAAUAAAGGUUCCCGCAAAGAUACGAAAGCCCAAGCGAGAAAAUGGCAUAAAUGAUGAAGAAGAUGACGACGAAGAAAUGCUGGAGGGUCAAUCAUCAUUAUUUUGUAGUACUGCCACACAAACCGACGAAAUGGUUGAAGUUAUAAAACGCAGGCCCCAGGCCUAUGACAUUGGAGUGCAGGCUGUGCCGCCCGCAUUUGAGAUAGCUUGUCAGACAUUGGAGACUGAAUCACCUUCGAUUAAACUCUAUGAUAACUGCGACGAUCUUCCCAUUAUGGGUAUAAUGCGCGAAAUGAACGAUAACCAGUUAAUGGCGCUACAUGAUUUUGCUGAAUUGUUAAAAGAACCUGCCUCCAAUGCUAUGGAUAUGUAUCGCCUGCGUCAGCGAAUGUUGGAUAUUUAUAAAUGUGCUCAACAACCCUCAACAGUGGGUGCCGCGCCACAGGCUUCUGUUAAUAAUUACUCAUCUAAUGAGUCCUCGCCGUCAGCUCGUGUCCGCAAUCAAGACCAAUCAUCUGGCUUUAGGAUUAAUAGCGUCGAAGGUGGCGAUGGCUCGUAUUUUUCUGUAAAUGAUCCACGUGUUAAUUUCAUUGGCAAUCGAAAUAGAAAUACAAACGAAGCCAACCAUGCUAUUCGGCAUAUGCAUUGUAAUGAUCCACGGAAUUCUUCUUUGCGAAUAGAAUCUCAAAGGCAAUUUAACACCAAUAGAUCAAAUCAGCAACAAAUGCCACAACGUAGCCAACCCCAAACAAAUGCACCCAAAUAUUAUGGACGAGGAGGCCUGAGACGUUAAGUUGAGUUUGAAAAAUUUUUUAUUUCAAGAAUUUGUAUUACUUUAUUGGUUUAAAGUCUCUUUUCACAUUCACUUCAUUUAGCAAUUAAUUUAUUGUAAUUGCUGGAAGGAACCUUAUAAGGAACCUUCUUGUCUGUGAUGAGAAAUCCUUCACAAAGCAGAGGCCAAGACGUUAACCGCAAAAUGUAUAAUUUAUAAAAAUUUACUUCAUAUUAAACAUAGAAUUUUGUUGUAUUUAAACUAUUCUCAGAAUGUUUAUGUUCAGCACAAAAAUAAUCCCUGAUGAACAAUUUUUGUUAACAUGGACAAAUAGUAAAGUUUUUUUUUACAUAAAACUUGUAAUAUAUGAACAACGAAUGCGCUGCUUUUUGUGUUUGACCUUGAGAUCCUCUGAACGAAUAUAUGAACGGGAAUUCGGGCUGCCGGCAUAGGAUAACUAUAAGCAUCAGAUAGGUUGGAGCUUUCAGCUCCAAAGCUGUACAAAUUCUCAUCAUAAAAAGUUCAGCUGAGAGCUACAGGAACGCGUCUUAAGGAUACAGAGUAGCUGAAACAACAGUCGUAGACAGGCAGCGGUAUCGAGUGGAGAGUUUUAGUUAGAGGCCUGGUGGCACUGGCUCUUGCUUAAAUACUGUGUGCCUGUGAUACUCGAUAUGACAAUGCCAGCUAUUGGCAUUUAUUUAUAAAACCAAUGGCCAUUAUGUCCCCUCGGAGGAACCGGAACGACCUUGCUCACAUAUAAGAGUUUGACUAAUCGUUCGGACUUGGCAAUAAAAUGAGGUCCCUUCCCAGUGAAUCAAACGUUCAGAAGUCUGUACGAAGGUCGGAAAAUUUAUUCGAUUUCGGAUCCGAAGUCUAUCUAAAUUCAUAUCGAAAAAUAUAUGAAGUGGUUAACUUCGGAACGAAAUGUCGGAGGGAAAUCUGAUGUUUCUGACAGAAAUCUUAAGGAAUUCCAAACCAAAGUUAUGGGGAAGGGUAUUUCGAGUUGUCGUUAAGACUUCUUACCGGUGUUGAGUCUUAACGCAUCAUGAAAAAAUGGUGACGAAGAACAUACGAACACAUUCCGCAGAGGUGGUACUGAGUUCUUUGAUCAACAUACCAGCGCCAUUUCGCUGCGCCUAUGCAAAUUUCUACUAAAUUAAUUUUAAAUGUAAUAAAAUGAUCACGAAAUGAGUCCAAGCAACUCUGUUUCAUCAUAGUUGCUUUUGUUGUGUGGCUUUUUAUACCCACCACCAUAGGAUAGGGGUAUACUAAUCUAGUAAUUCCGUGUGUAAUACCUCGAAAUAAUGAUCUAGGACUACAUAAAGCAUAUAUAUUCCUGAUCGGCUCGACAUCCUGAGUCGAUCUAGCCAUGUCCGUCCAUCUGUCGAAAUCACGAUAGCGGUCGAACGCGUAAAGGUAGCCGCUAUAUCGGUUCCGAUUUGAAUAUAGCUCCCACAUAAACCUAUGUUCCGAUUUGACUGCUUGAGCCAAUGGAGCCCGCAAUUUUUGUCCGAUUUCGCUUAAAUUGAGAAUGUAGGGUUCUGUUAUGAUUUCCAACAACUCUGCCUAGUACCGUCCAAAUCGGUUAAGAAACUGAUAUAGCUCCUAUAUAAACCGAUCUCCCGAUUUGACUUCUUGAGCCUCUGGAAGCCUCAAUUUUCAUCCGAUUUGUCUGAAACUUUGCACAUCGUGUUCUGUUCUGUCCAACAACAAUGCUAAGUACCAUCAAAAUCGCUCAAGAACCUGAUAUAGCUCCCAUAUAAACCGAUCUCCCGGUUUGACUUCUUGAACCUUUGGAAGCCUCAGUUUUCUUCCGAGUUUGGUUGAAACUGCACAUAGUGUUCAGUUCUGAUUUCCAACAACAAUCCAUAUAAACUGAUAUAGCUCCCAUAUAAACCGAUCUCCCGAUUUGACUUUUUUAGCCCCUGGAAGCCAAAAUUUUCAUCCGAUUUGGCAGAAAUUUUGCAUCCAUAUUUUAACAGAAUCCAUGGUGGUGGGUUCUGCAGAUUCGGCUGGGCCGAACACGAAUACAAUUCAUCGGUUUUAUGUAUGGAAACGAUCCAGCUUUCCCGGAGGCUGAUCAAGAAUCGCAACGAGAAGAGAAGCGUAAUUUGUGGAAUCUUUAUUUAUGAUGAAAGUAAGUCUAAUUUGGCCGGUGUCAUUCGUGAGAUAUAACAAUGACGUUACUUUGCUAAUACCACCUGUUAUUAUUUUGUUCACGUCAUUGGCAAAGAUUUUUAAUACCAUUGGUUAUCAAUUCAAUACCAGACAAAGGAGGCUAUUGUUGCGUUGUUGAGCUUUGUACUUAAAAUAUUGACGCCAAUAUAAAAUAUUUGUUAAAUAAAUAAAUAAAAUGUUUUAAUAUACUCAAAGGCGGUGAAAAUGGAAAUGGUACAAAAUCUACGGACAUUCUACAUUAAAAACAUGAUAGUUUCUUGCGUGGAAAACGAUGCUGUUUUGGUGUAUUCAUAUUGAACCACUUCUGGGAAUCAAAGGAUAUGCAAUGAAUUGCUGACUACAAAGAAUUGAGAUUGGUUGCGGUGUAACAAUACUUUUUGUAUUUAUAAACAUAAAUAAUCGAAAUAAAAUUAGAUUAAAAUUA